UUGACAGCAAAACGCUGAAAAAAGGAAAAGUUUACACACCACUCACUCAGGUCAGGUUUAUUUAUCGCUCUGUUGCAAUUUUCCCCGCAGAAAAACGGCAUAAAUUUUUGUGCAAUUUCGAUAGUGAAAAGUGUCUCGGCAAGUGCGCGGUAAGUGAAAAAUCAACGUGCAUCGUGUGCUACACGAAACGGAAAUAUUCACCGAUCGGAUCGAAUCGUCGCAUUACACCCCAUCCAUUAGCCCAGCGAUCCAGGAGAGAAGAUUUUACUGCGCUGCAAGUGGCGAAUCAGCCGAAAAAGACACAAAAAAAAGUUGGGAGAAAAAACUGAACGCCCGUCCCCCGCGCCACUCGGUAUAGGGGCAGAACCGGAUUCGGCCAUUAUCUGUUUCCGAUCGGCAAGAACUUGGUGGCGAAAUCAACGGAAACGGGUUCUUCGGUUCCGACGGAUUUCAGCAGCUGUGUUUUGCUGCAAAACACCUUAAAUCUGUGCAGCUUGGCCGCAUCUAUGGCUACGAGAGGCCUAUCAUUGGCCAGAACAAAUAACCGUUAAUCAUCCUUCAAUCAGUCCAAGCGGCUUACAAAUUCCAGAAACGACAUGGCUAAAGAGUACGAUUAUCUGCUGAAGGUGCUGUUGGUCGGUGACAGCGAUGUAGGAAAGCAAGAAAUUUUAUCUGGAUUGGAUGAUGGCUCAUCGGAGAGCCCAUUCUGCAGUGGAAGCACCGCAUACAAAACCACAACGAUCCUGCUGGACGGCAAACGGGUUAAGCUACAGGUUUGGGACACCUCCGGGCAGGGUCGGUUUUGCACAAUCAUCCGAUCGUACUCCCGCGGCGCGCAGGGCAUCAUCCUGGUGUACGACAUCACAAACAAAUGGAGCUUCGAUGGGUUGAGUCGGUGGUUGAAGGAAGUGGAAGAACACGCGCCCGGCGUUCCCAAGGUGCUGGUCGGCAAUCGGUUACAUUUGGCCUUCAAGCGGCAGGUCGCGGCCAAACAGGCCGAGUUGUACGCCUCCCGGAACAAGAUGGCCUGCUUCGAGAUUUCCCCAUUGUGUGAUUUCAAUAUCCGAGAGUCGUUCUGCGAGCUCGCCCGGAUGGCACUGCACCGGAACGGAAUGGAGCGGAUCUGGCGCUCGAACAAGGUUCUCUCGCUGCAGGAACUCUGUUGCCGGACGAUUGUCCGGAGGACGAGCGUUUAUGCCAUCGAUACGCUCCCACUGCCUCCAUCGGUGAAGUCCUACCUGAAAUCGUACGCCCUCACCUCGUCACAGUGUUUGAACACGUUCCUGCAUCACAACACGGCACCCACGUCCAACGCGAAAAACUUCAAGUGCAAAACUCCCACCGGCCACCUGAAGCUGCACCGGAGCGGCAUCGGCAUCGGAGGCGGCAGCAGUGCCAUCGGCAACAUGCGGAACAGCUGUGUGAUAUCCUGAUUGACGUCGCUGGUGGCGUCGUUGCGGCGGAUAUUUAUCCGCCGGCGACGUCGUUCCCGGAAUGAUGGAGCGGGCGGGGGUGGUAAUGGCGGCAGCAGACGCAGCAGCCACCACAGUGCGUCGGCGGUCAUCAUUGGGAACACCACGGCCACCAUCACCGGCCGUCAGAUGCCGACGAAUGCCGGCCCGGGCGGUGGAGGGGGCCGAGGUCGUGGUGGCGGCAGCAGAAACAGACAAAGCGGCAGUAGUUGUGGUUGUUUUUAGAAGAAGCGUUAGUAAGUACUAAACAAUUUGUUUUCUUAAUUUCUAUGAUCUGUUUUACUGUUGUUUUGAAGGGGUAUUGCUUCAUUUUGAUAUUAGGCGUAGGGCUUUAGUUUUCUUGCUUUUCAUUUUUUUCCCUUGUUCUAUUAUAUAAACAAAGUGACAGUU